AUGCAAGAAUCAACUUCAGUGUCAGCUGACAGUUCCAUGCAAAAAGCAAUCGAAGAAUUGAAUGGAAUAGACGUUCAUAAUUGUGAUUAUUACUUGACUCCAACAAAUUUUACAGCAGGUGAUGCUUCUUCAUCCUUUUCUAGCUCGAGUCAUUCUAUGGAUCAUCUUGUCAAGGAAAAAUGUCAAACGCCAACAACUCCAACCAGUCCAAAACCAAAAGCAAAUUUUGCAACAGAGCCAGCAGCUUCUACCAUCAUUAAAGAGUCUAAAAAGAAGAGUUCUGUUGCUUCCCAUAAGAAAUCUGGAACUGGAUCUAGGACAAGUCACUCGUCAAAUUCUUUAUUUGCCAUCAGAAUGUGUUGUGGAACUACCCUCAAGCUGUCAUCCUUCAAGCUUGUCAAUUUGACUAGUUUAACUGCUAAUCUACUUGGUUUCAUCGCAUUACUCACUGUCAUUAUUGUUGGCUACGUUGGCAGCAAUAAUUUAUUGACAUCAAUUUCAAAUAUGGAUCUUGACACUUCCUAUUAUAGAGACAUGAUGGUUUACACAUGUCGUUCAGCAGUCUAUGCCAAUAACAACAAGACAGUUGCUCUUGGCUAUGCCAAUCUCUAUGGAAAUUACUCAACCAAGUUCAAUACUGAAAUUAAUAACAUGUUGGCAUACAUGCCAAAUGAAUUGAGAUAUUCUGUCAAACAUAAUAUAACAAUUUAUGAUAUGAAGACAGUGAAGGCUAUGAGUGUUGAGAGACAAGCUAUUAGUAUGGUCAAAGCUGGAAACUUUACAGCUGCCAUGAAUUUAAUUGGCUCUGACACCUAUCAAGAUUAUUUACCUUGGUAUGAAGUGGAAUUCAAGCCUUCUGUUGAUUAUUUUAAGGCUUUGGAGGUUAGCUAUAGAGAUUUCUCAACUACCAUGACCACUUUGCAAUUAAUUAUUGUCUGUGUGUCAAUUGUCAUUGUUAUUCCAGUAGUCAUCAUGUCACUUGCCUUUUCCAUGAAUUCUGACAAUGCCAACAAUAAGAGAUUGAAGAAAGCAAACGCCUACAUGCUUAUGGACACCAUGAGAGAUAACAAACUUAGAAAAUUAUUCAAAGAAUAUUGUAAACAAGAAAUGAGCUUGGAAAAUUACUUGUUACUUGACAAGAUUACAGAUUACAAGAUUUUAUGUGAGAAAUCAUUUGAAAUUCAAGUAUUCUUGUAUGAUGAUCAAGAGCUAACUGUCGCCUUUUCAGAUGCCAUUUCUGACACUGGUUCAACAUCAACUUCAAUGAGUAGUGACAGCCAAGGUAAAAAGAAGAAGAAAAAGGGUUAUACUGAAAGAGAUUUAAUUGAAAUUGAAAAGAAAAAGUACGAAGUUGCUUUUGAAAUCUUUACUGAUUUCCUAGAUGUCAAUGGUGACAAAUCUGUCAACAUCAACAAACAUGCAGCUGACAAGGUCAAAACUCAAUUAGAUUUGUUUGCAUCAGGAGAGAAUGAACAUCUUAGUGAUAUGAUUUUCGAUCCAGUGGAAGGAGAAGUUUGUAUUUUGAUGCUUGACACCCAUCACCGAUUCAAGCAAACAGUUGAAUUCCAGAAAAAGACAAAGAAGGAAUCACUCAAGAUUAAACUUCCAACUGUGAGAAAGAGUAAGAAGGCUCAAGACAGUAAAUCAGGUCUUAAUCUUGAUUCUCUCAAAGUUCCUUCCAAUAAAUAA